GUUGAGCAAGAGUUGGGCGAUGCAGAAGCUAUGAUCAUCGCACUCGACGUAUGCCCGUACCUAGGCUAGCAGCGGCAAAGAUGUGUGCCUGGGAUCACCUGAAGCCAUUCGAGAGUCUACUUGAAUUCGGCGGACUGAAUGCGGCAAAGGGGUUCGAAGGCAGUACUGGUGGGACCGCAGAGGUAUAAUGGAUGGAACCAAGGCGGUUUACACCGUCACAUGGAGUAGAUUUGAUGGCAUGAAACAUCGCUGCAAGUCUGGCAGGCACGAUUUGCAGGGCAUGACUUCACAUCCGGACACUGAUCCUAGCUAUUUCAUCACAUCGUCAGAAUGGCCAAGCACAACAACAUCCUUCACAACAACCACUUCCGAAAGGACUGGCAGCGCCGGGUCAAGGUCUGGUUCGACCAGCCCGGCGCGAAGAAGCGCAGACGCAAUGCCCGUGCCGCCAAGGCUGCUUCCCUGGGCCUGCGUCCGCUGAAGUCUCUGCGUCCCGCCGUUCGCUGCCCAACGCUGAAGUACAACACAAAGCUCCGUGAGGGCCGAGGCUUCACUCUGGAGGAGAUCAAGGCCGCUGGCCUCAAGAAGAAGGACGCCGCCAGUAUCGGCAUCCCCAUCGACCACAGGCGGAAGAACAAGAGCGAGGAGGGCCUCAAGCUCAACGCCGCCCGCAUCCAGGCGUACCGUGAGCGCAUCGUCGUUCUCCCGCGCCGCACCAAGAAGAACAAGGGUCAAAGGCCUGACAUCAAGUCGCUCGACACUGUUCGCGACGUUGCUGCUGCCUUCCCGAUUCCCGCUGGUGUUGCCUCCGAGGCGCCGCGCGCGAUCACUGCCGAGGAGAAGGAGUUCAACGCCUACCGCACCUUGCGGGAGGCCCGUGCGACUCACCGCUUCGAGGGUGGCCGCAAGGCUCGCCUAGCGAAGAAGGAGGAGGAGGAGAAGGCCAAGAAGUAAAUUCCUUGC